AUGGAUGAGAUCAGCCAAGAGGCCGUGGAGAAAUACCUGGAAGCCCACCCUGGCUUUGCCAAGGAGUACUUCAACAAGAAUCUGGGGGUGCAGACCCCACCUAUCGAGCCUGUCCCUGGGCUGACCCCGGCGGAGGAGUCUGGCCUGUUCGUGGAGCUGCUGCAGGCGGCACGGGAGGAGGUUGGCAGCCCAGAGCUGGCGGUGCACCCCACACUGCAGAAGCUGGCACAGCGUUUGGGGGCCGACUGCUGCAGUCUGUUCCUGUACAGGGCCCGCAACAGCACUCCUGAGGUGGCCUCCAAGUUGCUCAACGUCACCCCAACCUCCAAGUUUGAGGACAACCUGGUGGUUCCUGAUCAAGAAGUUGUGUUUCCGUUGGACAUUGGGAUAGUGGGUUUGGUUGCUCAGACAAAGAAAUCUUUCAAUGUUCCAGAUGUCAAAAAGAAUAGCCAUUUUUCUGACUUUAUGGACAAACAAACUGGAUAUGUCACAAAGAACUUGCUGGCAGCGCCAAUAGUGAUGGGAAAGGAAGUUCUCGCUGUGAUCAUGGCACUUAACAAAGUAAAUGCAUCAGAAUUUUCUGAGCAGGAUGAAAAGGUCUUUUCCACAUACCUCAACUUUGUUUCUGUCAUUCUAAGACUUCAUCAUAUCAGCUACCUGUACAAUAUUGAAUCCAGAAGAAGCCAGAUCCUUAUGUGGUCAGCCAAUAAAGUCUUUGAAGAGCUCACAGAUGUUGAACGACAGUUUCACAAAGCGCUCUACACAGUUAGAAACUAUCUGAACUGCGAACGAUACUCCAUUGGGCUGCUGGACAUGACAAAGGAGAAGGAAUUCUAUGAUGAAUGGCCAAUCAAGCUUGGAGAAGUUGAACCUUAUAGAGGUCCAAAGACACCAGAUGGCAGAGAAGUUAUCUUUUAUAAAAUCAUUGAUUACAUUUUACACGGCAAAGAAGAGAUCAAAGUGAUUCCGACACCUCCUGCAGACCACUGGACUCUCAUUAGUGGGUUGCCAACAUAUGUUGCUGAAAAUGGAUUUAUAUGUAACAUGAUGAAUGCCCCUGCAGAUGAAUACUUCACAUUUCAGAAAGGGCCUGUAGAUGAAACUGGUUGGGUGAUUAAAAAUGUCCUGUCUCUACCUAUUGUCAACAAAAAAGAAGACAUUGUGGGAGUAGCUACAUUUUAUAACAGGAAAGACGGAAAACCUUUUGAUGAAUAUGAUGAACACAUUACUGAGACUCUCACACAGUUUCUUGGAUGGUCUCUUUUAAAUACCGACGCCUAUGAUAAAAUGAACAAAUUAGAAAACAGAAAAGACAUAGCUCAGGAAAUGCUCCUGAACCACACCAAAGCUACUCCUGAGGAAAUCAUGUCUAUUUUGAAAUUUAAAGAGAAACUAAAUGUAAAUGUAAUUGAAGACUGUGAAGAAAAGCAACUUGUCACAAUUUUGAAAGCGGAUUUACCAGACCCCAAGGCCGUAGACCUGUAUGAAUUCCGCUUCAGUGACUUCCCUAUUACAGAGCACGAACUGAUUAAGUGCGGAAUCCGAAUGUUUUUCGAAAUCAAUGUGGUGGAGAAAUUUAAAGUGCCUGUUGAGGUUCUUACCAGAUGGAUGUACACCGUGAGGAAAGGGUACAGAGCCGUUACUUACCACAACUGGCGGCAUGGGUUCAACGUGGGGCAGACCAUGUUUACUUUGUUGAUGACAGGAAAACUAAAGAAAUACUAUACAGAUCUUGAAGCCUUUGCCAUGCUUGCUGCUGCUUUCUGCCAUGACAUUGACCAUAGAGGCACCAAUAAUUUAUAUCAGAUGAAGUCCACGUCUCCAUUAGCAAGACUUCAUGGAUCUUCCAUUUUGGAAAGGCACCACCUAGAGUACAGUAAGACUCUACUGCAGGACGAGAGUUUAAAUAUUUUCCAGAACUUGAACAAACGUCAGUUUGAAACUGUUAUUCGUUUGUUUGAAAUCGCAAUAAUAGCAACUGAUCUGGCUUUAUAUUUCAAAAAGAGAACCAUGUUUCAAAAAAUUGUAGAUGCCUGUGGAAAAAUGGAAACUGAACAAGAAGCGACCAAGUAUGUAACUACUGAUCCCACCAAAAAAGAGAUUAUCAUGGCAAUGAUGAUGACUGCAUGUGACUUGUCAGCUAUAACCAAACCAUGGGAGGUACAAAGUCAAGUAGCACUAAUGGUUGCAAAUGAAUUUUGGGAACAAGGAGACCUGGAGAGAACAGUGCUGCAGCAACAACCAAUUCCCAUGAUGGACAGAAACAAAAAAGAUGAACUACCUAAACUUCAAGUUGGAUUUAUUGAUUUUGUUUGUACUUUUGUAUAUAAGGAGUUCUCACGGUUUCACACAGAAAUCACACCAAUGCUAAAUGGACUUCAGAAUAACAGAGUAGAAUGGAAAUCUCUAGCUGAUGAGUAUGAUGAAAAGAUGAAGGUAAUUGAAGAAAUGAAAAAGCAAGAAGGAAACAUACAUGAAAAAGUUGCUGAAGAUUCAGGAGGUGGAGGUAGUGGUGGUGGUGGUGGUAACAAAAAAUCGAAAACAUGUCUAAUGUUAUAAUAUUAUCCAACUGGUUCAAAUUCCUAAUGCUGUUUAUACUCUUGAAGAAAAACAAAACAUUCAA